AUGGCGGUCGCCGCUGUCCCGUUGAUAGACAAUUUUACAUCUGUGUUCACCGCGUUUGACCCUUACCAUGAGUACUUUAUCACACCACUUUCGGGAGGACUUGUAAACUUUACCGUGCGGGUUAAUAUAUCGGAUCCUACGGAAGAACACGAGUGCCUCUUUGGGAGCGCCCGCUCGGUAGUUGCGAAAUAUGCACCUGCUUAUGUUGCUAGUAUAGGUGAGAGCGCUCCAUUCAGCCAAUACAGACAGGCAAGUAUUCUUCCUACUUUCAAGUCAAGUACCGGUGAUCGAAGCGCGCGCUCUUGCUUUGCUCUCCAGGCCGUCUACACAAAUAUUCUCGUCAUGUCGGAUUUGGGAAAUGCCAAAACACUGGACAAAUGGCUUGUCUCUGGUCCAGACGUAGAGGCCGCAGCCAAGGUUGGGGCCAAGUUUGGCGAGUUCCUCGCCCGGCUUGAUGUUUCCCUGAAUCUGUUCGAACACUUUGAUAAUCCAUCCAUCCACGAGCUCAUUUUUGGUUACGCCAUCGCUCCCAUCGAGAGCCACUUGCUGAAAUGUGGAUACGACCCUAGUGAUGCCGCAUUCGUUGGGAAACUGUGCAUAGCCAUGCACGAGCGACAGCAAGUAAGGCUGAAACGUUUCGAAGGUGCAGUUUUUGGUAUCGGGGAUAGUUGGCCCAGGUCUUUCCUCGUCGAUGGAACAAGUUACGAUAUUAAACCAAGUGUUGUGGACUGGGAAUUUGCGGGGAUGAUUAGUCCACUGAUUGAUCUGGCCCAACUAUGCGCGCAUCUUUACCUCUUAUGCCAAACGUCAUCCCCAGAAGUCAAGUCCAGAGUGAAAAAGUAUACCUUGGCAAUGGUUCGUGCUCACCAUAAUCAAGCACCAGAGUGGCAUUACAAGGCCGAAUAUCGAGCGGAUGCAUGGUUAUUGUUUGGACGCGAGAUCAUCAUCAAUACGAUCGAAAUGGAGUGGUGGGGUGGUGACGAAGUCAAGAAGCAGGCAGAUAUGAAGAUGCUUGGCGGGCAGGGUGCGGCCUUUGUGACAGAUGCAAAACGAAGAGGGAAUCAGGUCGGAGCGCUGUUCGAGGAUGUGUUUGAUACGCUAUGUUGA